AUGAAUCUCAAGACUCAUCCGCCCACUACCUUUGGGCGACGCAACUUUGUCGACGUGAUCGAUGAAAUCGCAUCUUCUGAACCAUCUCGGCCCGUUGUUUUUCUUCCCCGUUCUGCAAACGCAGAAGAUGGAUGGGAAGAAUUGACCUUCGGGAAAUAUGCCAAUUCCAUCAACCGCUUUGCUAAGUGGAUCGUCGAACGCGCCGGACAUGCUAAAGACGGGGACUAUCCCACGGUCGCGUACAUCGGUCCAAAUGACAUACGAUACUUGAUUGUUUUGGCUGCGUCGAUAAAAGCUGGUUACAAGGCCCUUUUUAUCUCCCCCCGCAAUAACAUCGAGAGCCAGUUGUCUCUGUUUCAGGCGACUGAUUGUCAGUGGAUAAUUCACUCACCAGAGGCCACGAAAGUGGUAGAGUCUUGGUUGAGUGCUCGCCCGAUGAAAUCAAGCCUGAUCGAUUCUAUCAGCGAUAUCCUUUCCGAUGAGCACGUCCCGUCUUUCCCUUACCAAAAGCCAUUUGACGAAAUUCGCACAAAGCCGGCUUUCGUUCUACAUACAAGUGGUAGUACUGGAACUCCAAAACCAAUUAUUUGCCGUCAUGGUAUUCUCUCGCUAGCUGAUGCAUAUCAUCAACGACCUGAAUUCACUGGAUAUUCUCAUAUUAUGAAGGCCUUUUCGGAGAUGGGCAGCAAGGUUUUGUGUACAAUGCCAUUUUUUCACGCUCUCGGUCUCUACUAUUACAUCAGUCUUUCAAUCUUCUGGGGCACUCCGCUGGUGCUCCCAAUUGCAGACCAGGCAGUGACCCCGGAUAGUGUCUACUCUUUUAUCAAUAAUUCCGGAGCCGAUGCUGCUGUUUUGGCUCCAUCCCUUUUACAAGACAUGAGUCACGACAAGGAUGAUAUGAAUUUACUAGCUACGCUUUCAUUUGUGACAUGUGGUGGUGGUGGCCUUGAGGUUGAGGCUGGGGACCGACUUGUGGAGGCCGGAGUCACGCUCGCCAAUAUCAUUUCAACCACAGAAUAUGGGUUGUACCCAAUUUAUUUCCAGCCAGAUAUGAAAUUAUGGAGAUACUUCGUUUUCGAUGAUGAAACCUUUGGCUCCGAUUACCGACCGACUGGCGAUGGCACCUUCGAGCAUGUCAUAGUCCGCCGAGAUCAAGACCCUGGAAUGCAAGGCAUCUUCUAUACUUUUCCCGAGCUUAAUGAGUAUCACACCAACGAUCUAUACAAAUCUCACCCAACUCUCCCUCAUCUUUGGCUGCAUUCCGGAAGAUCAGAUGACGUGAUUGUAUUUUCAAAUGGCGAGAAGCUGAAUCCCGUAUCGAUCGAAUCUAUUGUUGGCGCUCAUCCAGCUCUCAAACGAGCUGUCGUCGUCGGUCAAGGUAAAUUCCAAGCUGGCAUUUUCCUCGAGCCACAUGAAAUUUCCAACGAUGAUGCUGCGGCCCGCCUUAUCGACAAUGUCUGGCCUACCAUUGAGCAGGUAAAUAAACAGACAGUGGCCCAUGGACAGAUUGCCAAACAUUUGGUCAAGAUUUCAGACUCCACAAAAGCUAUCCCAUCAUCUGCCAAGGGCUCUCUUCAGCGAGGUGCGUUCUUGAAACUCUACAAGGACGAAAUCGAGAAGAUGUAUGAGGGCAAUGAUGCAGCCGGAACGGUGGGGCUUUCACUUGAAAGUGAAGAUGCUCUUAUGAAAUCACUGUAUGACAUUAUCAUCACACAGCUUGGCGUUGAGGAGAUCAUGCCCGAUGCAGACUUCUUCGAAGCUGGUAUCGACUCGCUUGGAAUCAUCAACUUGAGUAAAAUUCUUGCAAAUGAGCUCCAACAUGCUGGGGUGUCUGAAGACUGCUGUGUGGUUACGACAAGAGUUAUCUAUGGCAACUCCUCCCUUCGAAGGCUCGCUCGAAAUCUGUUUGCCCGUAUUUCUCAAAGCCAAGUCAUCGCCGAUGACAAUGAUGGAGUGGAAGCGGCAAAUUCACUCUUGAAGAAGUACAGUAUCGAGUCGGUCGAUGGCACUAUUCCCGACAAGCCAUCACCCAAAGACAACGGACAGACAAUCAUUCUUACUGGGUCGACUGGAAGUCUCGGCUCGUAUAUUCUGGACCUACUGGAGGGCAGCGACUCUGUUUCAAAGGUCAUUUGUCUCAAUAGAAGCGCCGAUGGAGGUUGCAUGAAGCAACUUCAGUCUAAUGGAGAGCGAGGCCUCCAGGUUGAAUUUCCAAAAUCGGAAUUUCUACACGCAGAUCUGUCACAGGAAAUGUUUGGACUGAACGGUGUCAUCUACGACCGUCUCUUGUCAUCGGUGGACCGCAUCAUCCACAAUGCUUGGCCAGUCAAUUUCAACCUUUCUGUUGAAUCGUUCGAUUCCAGCAUUCACGGUGUCCAACGAUUGGCAGACUUCUCUUUCCAUGCCACAAAGUGUGUUCCAAUCGUUUUCUUGUCAUCGGUGGGCGCUGUCGAUCGCUGGGCUGAACCUGGACCUGUUCCCGAAGCUCUUCUUACCAAUAUGGGCCUUGCCUCAAUGGGAUAUGGUCAAUCUAAGUUUAUUGGUGAUUUGAUUCUACAGCAGGCAAGAGACAAGCUCGGUGUUCCAACUGCAGUGGUUCGUGUCGGUCAAAUUUCUGGUCCUCGCAACGGAAAGGGAGCCUGGAAUAAGCAGGAAUGGCUGCCGACUAUCAUUUCUUCGUCGAUAAGCCUUGGCCAGCUGCCUACAGACCUUGGUGCGAAUAAUUCAAUUGACUGGGUCCCGGUCGAAGAUGUCGCUAUGAUAGUCCUUGAAAUUGCAGGCAUUCUAUCAUGCCGCCCUUUGUCUGAGAUAUCUGGCCAUUUCCACAUUGUGAACCCAGUCCAUGCACAGUGGAGAGAUCUUGUAGGGUCUGUGAAGAGCUUCUACGAAGAGCAAGGGUAUCCAAUGGCGUCUGUUGAUAUGGCCACCUGGGUCAAGGCUGUUGAAGCUAGCUCUGAGAACGGAAGCAAAAUUCCCGCUGUGAAACUUUUAGAUGCCUACAAGGGACUCAUUGCCGAAAAGCCUCAUCACCCGGGAUUCUCUACGACUAGAACAAGGGGCUUCAGUAAGACGCUAGACCGGCUUACUCCUAUCAAUGCAGAAAUGAUGAAGGCAUGGUGCAAAGAGUGGAGCUUUAAUGUUGACUGA